ACUCUGGGGCUGUUCCCAGGGAUGAGCCGUGUGGCACAGGGACACUCUGGGGCUGUUCCCAGGGAUGAGCCGUGUGGCACAGGGACACUCUGGAGCUGUGCCAGGGAUGAGCCGUGUGGCACAGGGACACUCUGGAGCUGUGUCCAGGAAUGAGCCGUGUGGCACAGGGACACUCCGGAGCUAUUCCCAGGGAUGAGCCGUGUGGCACAGGGACACUCUGGGGCUGUUCCCAGGGAUGAGCUGUGUGGCACAGGGACACUCCGGAGCUGUUCCCAGGGAUGAGCCGUGUGGCACAGGGACACUCUGGAGCUGUUCCCAGGGAUGAGCCGUGUGGCACAGGGACACUCUGGAGCUGUGCCAGGGAUGAGCCGAGUGGCACAGGGACACUCCGGAGCUGUUCCCAGGGAUGAGCCGUGUGGCACAGGGACACUCUGGAGCUGCUCCCUCCAUCCCCAGCAGGCAGAGUCUCCCUCCCACUCCCGCCGGGUUUCCCAGCUCGCAGGCAGGCAAAUCCUCUGGGAUGGGAUGGCCCAGAGAGGGAGGGAUGCCCGCGGUCCCCGCACCUUCCCGCAAAGGGGAUCUUUCCCGUGGGAUCCCAGCCUGAAACCCCUCCAUUCCCUGAAGCCCGAGGUCCGAGCGAGAUGCCGAGGGGGUUGAAUUUCCCUGGAAUCCUCUGCUUGUCGGCCGUCGGUGUUUCCCGGCCCCUGCCGGCCCCGUAACCAGUUCUCCCUGCCGCGUCCCUCCCGUCCCCGGCACGGCUGGGCUGGGAAGGACCGGCCUGAGCAAACAUUUCCUUUUGUUGGGCUGCGCUCGGGCAUGGCCCUGCCGCUGCAGCCGGGGCCGUGACUCACCCGCGCGGAGGGAGCCCGGCUGGAAAAUUUGGGGUGUUUUAAAGAAAAUGCCCGGUUUUAAUGACAGCGUUGUAAUAACCCCAAACAACCGCCCUGCGCUGCCGGGGAAGUGGGAAUGUUUAAUGCAUGAACCGCGGGGUUUGGGAUGGAGCUGGGAAGGAGCAAAAAGAGGAGAAUAAACCCCAAGCCCCCGCCGAGGAGCAUCCAGCAGGGCUGGCUGUCACCUCGUGCCUGCCCCGGGGCUGCCCUAUCAGCUCCAUCUCGGGGUGGAGGUGGAACCAGGGUCCCCCGGCCGAACCCCGUCAUCCCGGGAAGGAGGAGCCGCCUUCCCGAGCCUUUUAAUCCAGUCCUGCUGGUUUCCCUGCACAGCCCGGAGCUCCCUGCCCAUGCCCGGCUCGCCAUGGCCCCGCGUCACGUCGUGCCGAUGUCCACCAGCCACGCCGCCCGCGGCGUCUGCGUGCUGGGCACCGAGGUCCUGCUGGACACGCGCCGGUCCACCCCCAGGGGUGCCGCGUCCUUUGAGGUGCACGCCACGCCGGCGGUGACGGUGCACGUCAUCCACAGCCCCGCCACAAAGCCCACCCUGGAGUCCCGGUGGCCCCUGGAUCCCGACAUCGAGGUGGUGGUGACCAUCGACGUCACCAGCAGGACCGUCGACGACAACCAGGUGAAGAUCUCCUACUUCGACCGCGAGGGCCGCGAGCUGGCGGUGGCCUGGCUGUACCUCACCUGUGUCGAGGUGUCCCUGGACGUGGACUGGAGCCGCAGUGGCCGCGUGAGGAGCAAGGGCAAGGACAAGGCCAAGUGGACGUGGGGCCCGGAGGGACAAGGGGCCGUGCUGUUGGUCAACUGUGACCGGGACAGCCCCGGCGCGGGCGGCACGGACGGCGCCCAGGCGGACGUACGGACCCCGGCAGACCUCCAGGACAUGUCCGUGAUGCUGCUGCGGACCCAGGGCCCCAGUGCCAUCUUCUCCGAGUACCCGGUGGUGCUGCACGUCCCCGAGAGCGACGCGGACAAAGUGCGGGUGUUCCACGCUGUCCGUGGUGACGCCCGCCUGCCCCUCAAGCCGGUGCUGGGCCCGGACAAGCUCUCCUACACGCUGGACCGCGCCGGCCACGGCGACAGCACCUUCUACGUGGAGGGGCUGGCGUUCCCCGACAGGGGCUUCAGCGGCCUCGUGUCCUUCAGCGCCAGCCUGCUGGAGCUGCCCCACAAGGACUCGCCGGGCACGCCGAUCUUCACGGACACCGUGGUGUUCCGCGUGGCGCCCUGGAUCAUGACGCCCAACACGCAGCAGCCCCUGGAGGUGUUUGUCUGCAGCAUCAAGCAGGGCUCGGAUUCCAACGAGGCCUUCCUGGAGGGGCUGCGGGCCCUGGCGAGGAAAGCCAACUGCAAACUGACCGUGUGCUCGGAGCAGGACACGCGCAGCGACCGCUGGAUCCAGGAUGAGCUGGAGUUCGGCUACGUGGAAGCUCCACACAAAACCUUCCCCGUGGUCUUUGACUCCCCCAGGAACAGAGGCCUGAAGGAUUUCGCUUUCAAGAAGAUCCUGGGCCCGGAUUUUGGCUACGUGACCCGGGAGCCCCCCGGGAAGAGCGUGACCAGCCUGGAUUCCUUUGGGAACCUGGACGUGAGCCCGCCGGUGACGGUGCGGGGCAAGGAGUACCCGCUGGGGCGGAUCCUCAUCGGCAGCCCCCUGCCCUGGGCGUCGGGCCGCAGGAUGUGCCGGGCCGUGCGCGAUUUCCUGCAGGCGCAGGCGGUGCAGGCGCCGCUGGAGGUGUACUCGGAGUGGCUCACCGUGGGCCACGUCGACGAGUUCCUCACCUUCGUGCCCGCCCUCGACAGGAAGGGAUUCCGGCUGCUCCUGGCCAGUCCCAACGCCUGCUACAAACUCUUCAAGGAGAAGCAGCAGGAGGGCCACGGGGAGGCCACGCAGUUCAUUGGGCUGAAGGGCCAGGAGGAGAGGAGCAUCGAUGAGAUCCUGUCGGACGAGUCCCUGCGGAGCGACAACCGCCACGUGCAGCGCUGCAUCGACUGGAACCGCGACCUGCUGAAGCAGGAGCUGGGGCUGAGCGAGCAGGACAUCGUGGACAUCCCGCAGCUCUUCAUCCUGACGGGCGCCCGCGCCGACGCGCUCUUCCCGGACAUGGUGAACAUGCUGGUGCUGGGCCGCCACCUGGGCAUCCCCAAACCCUUCGGGCCCGUGGUGGGCGGGCGCUGCUGCCUGGAGCAGCGCGUGCGGGAGCUGCUGGAGCCGCUGGGCCUCUCCUGCACCUUCAUCGACGACUUCUUCUCCUACCACGUCCUGGCGGGGGACGUCCACUGCGGCACCAACGUGCGCCGCAAGCCCUUCGCCUUCAAGUGGUGGCACGUGGUGCCCUGAGCACCCCGGUCCUGCAGGGGAAGGUGCAUUUCCUGCUGCCGGGGGGAAGGUGCAUUUCCUGCUGCCGGGGGGAAGGUGCAUUUCCCGGGCUGGAAAAUGCACGGCUCUGGCCAAUAAAGCUUCACGGACACGGAGGGGGCAGCG